AUGCUCAGAUCUUCUGCUCUCCGACUAUACUCCACUUUGGCCACCAAGCCAAUACUCAUACAACCAACAAGAAUAAUCAACAGGAUACCCGACUUGAACAUCCAAAUAACUCAAAGAGCAGCAUCGAGACUCAACGAGAUAUACAAGGCCUCCAAUGAAGUACUAAAGAUCGGAGUCGAGAGUGGAGGAUGUCAUGGGUUCCAGUAUAAUCUGGAUUUGAUCCCCGCAGACCAAUCCCAGCAAGAAACUAAAAGAACCUCGAUGAUGAGUUUGCUGAGAAUAACGAUAAAAAGUGUAGUUUAUGUAAUGCCACCAGAUGGCGGCAAAGUCAUCAUCGAUGAGAACUCAUUGAAGAUAUUGAAUGAUACCGUGUUGAAUUACACUACGGAAUUGAUCGGGUCACAAUUUAAGAUCGAGGAUGGGAAUUUGAAAUCGAGUUGUGGAUGUGGCAGUAGUUUUGAUGCAGAUGUGAAGAAAUGA